CAUUGACCUGGUGACGCUGCUUCAGAAUCCUGGCGCCCCGAACCAAGACCCAGAGGCCGCCUCCUUCGAUGCCACUCAGCAGCAAGGCUUCGGCCAGGCGCUCGUCUUCACCAAUUCCCAGCACAACCCUCCGACGGCCUCGGGAACAAGCAACCCAAGCACUGUGAACACUUACUCGGCACAAAGCAUGUCUUCGGUGCUGAGUUCUGGAUUCAGAGAACUGAGCUCUUCAAAGUUAUCCAACUCUACUGGUUCUCAGAUUUUGGAACCGCUGAAAUCUCCAGGUUUGGGCCAGUUGGCCUCACAGGGUCCUCUCAGUACAGCCUCUCCAGUGUCCGCAACUCCAACCUCAUCCUGGGAUGUCAAAUCUUCGACUACGCAGCCUUCGAUCCUCAGCCAUUUCGACUUCAAAUCCCAACCUGAGCCGUCCCCGGUCUUGAGUCAACUGACCCAGCGGCAGCAGCAACCCCCGCCCCCACCGGCAGCCGCCGUCCCACCUCCCGGGCUGGAAUAUUUCGCCUCUCAGAAAGCCCGGGAGCCCUUGCCGGUGGACAGCUGCGCAGCUGGCAACAAAACCGUCCCACUCUCCAGCCUGUGUCCAGAAAACCAAGGGGUGCCAGCCCACCAAACGCAGCAGAAGCAGAUCAAGCCGUCAAAGCGGAGGACGCCCCCAGUUUCAAAAUGAACCUCUGAAUACCUCUUUGCCAAUGUCCAAUACAGCACAGGAGUCCACCUACGUCAGCCCUGUGGUCACGUCCAGCCUGACCUGCUCUGUCCAGAGCACUAGCCUUGUCUCGGCCUCUUCCUCCUCCUCCUCCUCCUCUUAUGACCAGGCCUCUGUGCAUAACAGGGUGACAUACCAAAGUCCGGUGCCUCCGUCAGAACCUGCCUCCGUGGCUGUCAUGAAUGGACACAACGGUGUUCGAAUGCAGCCAGCUCUUGAUACUGCUUCGUCCGUUCCCACGUCAAAGCUGGAAACCUCUCCUCCAUCCCUACCUGCCCAAGGUCCUUCGUUGCCGAGCACCACGGCUUCCACCUCUCUGCUUUUGCCUUCAGCACCUUCUCACACGGCGGCACUUCCAUCAAGUGACUUGGCCAACAGCUCCCUCUCUCAGUUAAGCAG